UGAAAAUUUCAGAUCUUUUCAUUGUUUCUAUCUUAAGAUUUAACCAUACAAUAUCGAGUUUUUCUAUGAUCCAUACUGUAUUGGUUAGAAACGACAUUCAGCAAGUAUGAAAUCUUUAUUGAUGUCAGCAUGCGCAAAUACAUUGCCAAAAUCUAUGAACUUUUUUUUCAAAAUCUUUAUAGCUUCUUGUAUAAAUGAAUUUAAUUUAUAAUUGUAUACAUUACAAUAGAAGAACAUUUAUAAAAAAAAAAGAUACGAUGCAAAUUUUAUUAGACAUAGUCCCAUACGAUCAGCUCGAAGAAAAUAUGAUUUUUUUUUAUCGAUUUCCAAAUAUGAACGUGUAGAUAAUCUACCUUCAAUACAAAUUAUAUCUUCCGAAGGAACAAUUUAAAAAUCUGAAAACUUUAGAUUCGAUGGGUUGCGUUCGAAUUCGUACAUUGAAUAAAAUACUAAUCCUAACAGCUACUAUAAGGUAUCAAUGUACCAUCUCCACAUUUAUUUUCUUAAUCAGAUCUAAUUUUGUAGUGGCGUAUCCAGGAUUUUUCGGCAUGCUGGAUUUCAACUUCAGAACAUGGGACCCAGAUGAAACUUAUAGAGAUAUGAUAUUGGGCCCAAAUGAUGAGUUUUUAUCAAAAGAUUUUUGUAAUUCGAGUUUGCGAAAAAAAUUAGCAUUUUCCUGAGUCCCACCAAGAUUUUUCUUUUUCUAUUGGUAGUAUCCUGAUUCUUAGAUUUUAAUAGUCAGCUACAUCGAAAUUCAUCAGCAGAUUUCAAAUUUCAUCUAAAAAUAUGCAUCCGUUCAUGAGUUAUAAUGUUUUGGAAAUUUGCUGCAUGUUGCUAAAAUUUUUAAAAAAUUCAAAACAUUGUAACUCGUGAAUGGAUGCAUAUUUUUAGAUGAAAUUUGAAAUCUGCCGAUGAAUUUCGAUGUAGCUUACUAUGAAACUCUGAAAAUCAACAUACUACCAAUAGAAAAAGAAAAAUCUUGGUUGGGCUCAGGAAAAUGCGAAUUUUUUUUCGCAAACUUCAAUUACAAAAAUCUUUUGAUAAAAACUCAUCAUUUGUACUCAAUAUCAUAUCUCUAUAAGUUUCACAUGGAUCCCAUGCUCUGAAGUUGAAAUCCAGCAUACCGACAAAUCCUGGAUAUGCCACUAUAAUUUUGAAUAGUUAAAAAUAUGAAUUGAUAGCUUUCUACGUUAAAUAUAAUUUAUUAAUUUCUAAAAAUUAUAUUCGAAUUAUUCUAGGUAGUUGUAAUUGGCAACUUGAUAUUAAUGUUAAUCAUAAUCAAACAUCUAAAAUUGAAACUUCAUCUAUACAAACAAAUCUUUUACGUUUUAUUUAUAUGUCAUCAAGUACAACAUUAGAAACAUAUCCAACAAAAUUUAAUUAUGAUUCAUUUAUUAAUUGUGAUUAUUUACUUUUAUCAAAUUUAUGUCAUUUAUCAACACCAAUAGAUGCAAGUAUAAAUGCAAAUGAAUUAACAACAAAAAUUGGAAAUAUUCUUAAUGAUCAUGGUAGUAUAUUAAUACCAUGUUCAUCUAUAGGUCUUAUUUUUUAUAUGUUUGAAUUUUUAACAAAUUAUUUUGAACAAAUUAAUCUAUUAAAUAUUCAUAUGUAUUUUAUAUCACCAAUAAGUAAUGCAACUUUAUCUAUAUCAAAUGCUAUGUCUGAAUGGGUUACUGAACAACGACAAAUAGCAUCAUUUAGUGGUACACCACCAUUUAAACAUAAUGAAUUAAUUAAAAGUAAAUGUUUAAUAACAAUAUCAUCAGAUCGUUUAGAUGAUACUGAUACAUUAAUUAAUUUUGAACAACCAUCUAUUAUAUUUACUGGUCAUUUAUCAUUACGUUUUGGUCCAAUAGUACAAUUAAUUGAAAAAAUGAAAACAUCAUCAUCAAAUAGUAUUAUCUUUAUUGAUAAUCAAUAUUCAUAUAUUGAUGCAUUAAAACCAUAUCAACCAAUAAAUAUGAAAUGUUAUUAUUUACCUAUUGAUACACGUUUAAAUUUUUCACAAAUAAAUAUAUUAUUAAAUGAUAAAAUACGACCAAAAAAUUUAAUUUUACAUGAAAAUUAUUUAAAUGAUAUUAUUAAUAAUGAUAAAAUAAAUAUAUUAUCAUAUAGAAAAUAUGAUAAUAUUAAAUUACCAUCAAUAAAACGUUAUUUUAUUAAUGGACAAUUAAAUAUUAAAACAGAUAUUAAACCAAAAUUAAUAUUAUCAUCUAAUUUAGCUAUUGCUAGUAUACAUGGACAUUUAGAUAUGUGUGAUUAUAUAUAUGAUAUAAAUGAAUUAGAUAAUAAUAAUUUAAAACAAAAUAAUUUUAUAACAUAUGGAAAAAUCGAUAUUGAUAAAUUUUUAAUUAAUCUAUCUAAAAGUGGUCUUUUUGGUUUAGAUAUUAAAUAUUUAAAUGAAUAUGAUAAUGAUUUAAAUGAUAAUGAACAAUCAAAUAGAACAAUUGAAAUCAAUUAUAAUCAAGGUAUAGCUAAAAUUAUUAUUCGUUCAAAACAAACAGAUAUUGAAUGUAAUGAUCCAUUAUUAAUGACGAAAAUUCGUGAUGCUUUAUUAAUGGAUAAUAUUGGAACAUUGUAA